UCCUGCUGCAGCCUCUGCUCCGGCUGCGGCCGGGGCCCCCCUCCGCGAGGCUCUCCGCGCUGCGCGCCCGCCCAGCCCGCCGCUCCAGGGCCCAUGUACUGGAAGCAUGAGAACGCCGCCCCGGCGCUGCCCGAGGGCUGCCGGCUGCCGGCCGAAGGCGGCCCGGCCACCGACCAGGUGAUGGCCCAGCCAGGGUCCGGCUGCAAAGCGACCACCCGCUGUCUCGAAGGGACCGCGCCGCCCACCAUGGCACAGUCGGACGCCGAGGCCCUGGCAGGCUCUCUGGACAAGGAUGAGGGCCGGGCCUCCCCAUGUACGCCUAGCACACCAUCUGUGUGCUCACCACCUUCUGCUGCCUCCUCCGUGCCGUCUGCCGGCAAGAACAUCUGCUCCAGUUGUGGCCUUGAGAUCCUGGACCGGUAUCUGCUCAAGGUCAACAACCUCAUCUGGCAUGUGCGAUGCCUUGAGUGCUCCGUGUGUCGGACAUCACUGAGGCAGCAGAACAGCUGCUACAUCAAGAACAAGGAAAUCUUCUGCAAGAUGGACUACUUCAGUCGAUUUGGGACCAAGUGUGCCCGGUGCGGUCGGCAGAUCUACGCCAGUGACUGGGUGCGGCGGGCACGCGGCAAUGCCUAUCACCUCGCCUGCUUUGCCUGCUUCUCGUGCAAGCGCCAGCUGUCCACCGGUGAAGAGUUUGGCUUGGUGGAGGAGAAGGUGCUGUGCCGCAUCCACUACGACACCAUGAUCGAGAACCUCAAGAGAGCCGCUGAGAACGGGAACGGCCUCACUUUGGAGGGGGCAGUGCCCUCGGAACAGGACAGUCAGCCCAAGCCGGCCAAGCGCGCGCGGACGUCCUUCACAGCCGAGCAGUUGCAGGUUAUGCAGGCGCAGUUCGCGCAGGACAACAACCCCGACGCACAGACGCUGCAGAAGCUGGCGGACAUGACGGGCCUGAGCCGGAGGGUCAUCCAGGUGUGGUUUCAAAACUGCCGGGCGCGUCAUAAAAAGCACACACCGCAGCACCCAGUGCCGCCCUCAGGGGCGCCCCCGACCCGCCUCCCCUCCGCCUUGUCCGACGACAUCCACUACUCCCCGUUCAGCAGCCCCGAGAGGGCGCGCAUGGUCACCCUGCACGGCUACAUUGAGAGUCAUCCUUUUUCAGUACUAACGCUGCCGGCACUUGUGCAUCUGCCCAUGGGCACCCCACAGCUGCCCCUCAGCUGCUGAGAUCCAGUGUCCCAGUCACAGCCAGGAUCCACAGCCUCCGCAUUCACCCCCACCCGCCAUCCUGCCCGCCACAAGCUUGGCCCCCCAGGCCUAGCCUUUCCCUCUCCUGCUGAGAACCAGAAACCCCCAGGAGCACCACAGAGUCCUCCUCUUGGAAAGCAGAGCUCCCUGAAAUUUGGAAUGAGGGUGAAAACAACAGCCUGUUUUUCCCAUUUAAACAGGAGUCAUCUUCAACUUCAGCUGAUCACAAUAGCAAAAGGCAAAUGGAAUCGUACAACGCCAACAGCCUCCUAAUUUACAGGUUUUCUUUCCCCUCAUAUUGGUCUUUAUGCACUACUUCCUUGGAACCAUCUCUGAAUUCUGAAUAGCCAACAACCCCCAGUGUUAUCCACUCUGUUGCUUUUGUCUGGAAAACUCUACAGUUUGUGGGAUGUCCCCAAAGGAAAGCUGUGUUCUAAUUUUAUCAUUUCCAUCUGUCUGGUUAUGUCAAGUUAAUUCAGAAAGAGAAGAGACACUGACCAGCCCUAAGAGGCCCAAUAAGGCAGAGAUGGAGGCCUGCCCGGACCAGGAGGCAGACAGACCAGGGAGGGAUGGGGGGCACUGGAUUGGGAGAAGCACAAACCAUUCCAAGGAGCGGAAAGGGAAAGCGUGAGUGGAGGGGAGACUUUACCCCCAUCUCAUUAUCUGUCACAUAUGCAGAAUCAUGGCAGAAAUGACACUUCUGAAUGUCUGAGAAGGCUAGAUCUGGGGACCUUUGUUGGCUACUUGUUUUACUCCUGAUAGGGGUGCCUGGCCAAGUCUUCUCUUGGGGAGGACCACUUAUGGGGAGUCAGGGAGCAGAGCCCGGUGAAAUGGCAGCCAGAAUGUUAAUUCUGAACCAUCUGUCAUUAGAGAGAGGUGCCCACUGCCCAUUGCCUAGGUGAGUAUGCCACACCCAGGGUUCCAGCUGGUACCACGAGCCCUGCCCAGCCCCUGCCCCACCCACUCCUGAGAACAGAGGCCAGACAUAGCUGUGCUCACAUUCAUCCUAUUCUGCUGCAACCCUUCCACUCUGAACAAAGGGCUUGGGCAAUACACAACCGUGAUUUAUGUUUUCAGGGGAUGCCCAUUUGUUUCAAGCUUAUCCUGUAAUUCUAGAACUACUUGGAGACCUGGUGCAUUUCCCACUAGAGGCUGCUAGUAACCAUGUUUUAGCUCAAGUCCUCGUUCCUACUUUGGAAGACGACCAUAGGACAGAGAAACAUAUGCAGCUGCUGUCCCCAUUUUCACCCAUGGCAGACAUCCCUAGUUGAUCACAACACUCUUAAUCUCACUGAGUCUGGAUAAGCUUUCAGAAUUCAUAUGCUUGAAGUUGGCACUUAAAUGAGAACCUAUAAGCCAGUUGCUCUGAGACCUGGAGGAAGGUUAGGCUUGAGUGUGGACCGAGAAGGGAACCUGAAUCCCCUCCCUUCCAAAGAUGUUACAGCUGGCUAAGGACAAAGAAAGCAACACUCACAAUGUGGUGAGUGUAGCACAGUUCAGAACUCAUCCAACGGAAACUUAUGUCCCCCACCCCGUCCCCCGGGCACUGACUUAACAGGAGCUAGCUACUUGGGCCUGAUCCCUGGCCUUGGGGAUCUCAAAUCUUUCCUUUGAUUUUCACUCCUAAUGGUCAAAGCCCCAAUCACAAUCAUAUGGUAAGUGGCCAGUUGAGCUCUGUCCAGGGUCACCUAGGACCCACUCUGCCUUGAGCCUCCCCCCAGGGUCUAUUCCUCGAGUGGAUCACCUGGCGGUAGCACGUUGCAGUCAAACGUCUUCACUACCUUGUUAAGAGCAGCCUGGGAACAUACAGACCUUCGAGACUAUUUAUUUAAAUACAAAACAAAAGGGGAAAACACACACAUGGAAAAAAAUUGUAAGCACUUUUUUGUAAAACCAAUGUCUGUUUUGUUACAUACCUUUCAUGUUGUGCUUUGUAAAUGUCUUAUUUGUGUAAUAAAUAAAGUUAAUGCAAGUAGAAGUGCUGGCACUUAAAUCCA